GUCCGACCAGCCCACCACCACCCAAACAACCACCAUGCUCGACACCUUCGAGAUCCUGUCGACCUCGGGCGUCGUGCUCUGGUCGCGGACCUAUGUCCCUGUCCACAGCUAUGUCAUCAACAGCCUCAUCCGCGAGGUGCUCAUCGAAGAGCGCACCAACAAAGUCGCGUACGGCGACGGCACCACGAAGCCCACGUACCGCAAGGAUGGGUACAUCAUGAAGUGGAAUUUGGCGAAGGAUGUUGGCCUUAUAUUCGUGGCUGUAUACCAAUCACUGGUCCACUUGACAUGGAUAGACAAACUCAUAGACAAUGUGUCGGCGCUGUUUACUGGGCUAUAUGGGGAGCAGCUCAAAGGGGAGAUAGACACUGUCAAGUUUCCAUUCGACCCCUACUUCGACCGGGAAAUGCAGAGAGUUGAAGCCUCGAACGACGCAUCCAUGAGCUCUGCCUUCGAAGUCACGUCAAAUCCCGAGUUCACGCCUCCGUCGAGCUCAGGGACAGAUCAUGGAGCUGAGGAACCACCGCCAAUGCCUGGAUUGCGGAAAGCCCCUCAGAAACCUAUAUACAACCCCGAUACCUCGACCGAUGCCACUCCCGUCCCUACACCCGAUACCUCCCGUCCCUCUACUCCCGCCUCGCGUAUCCUCACUGGAAAGACACGCCCAGGAGGCAAGCCUUCGCGGCGCGACCGCAAAGUGAAGGCUGCCGUGAACUCAGCACCCGCAUCCUCCGGCGACGAGACAUCCGCGCGAAAAGGCAAAGCGGGCGGAAAGCAAAAGAAGAACCGAGUGUGGAACGAGUUCGGCGCAGACGAAGAGGACAACACUAUAAAUCUAGACUACUCGACCGUCUCAGCAAACGAUCCAGCCGAUUUCGAACUACCGGACGCCAUAAACCCUGAAUCAUGGGGCCGGACAACGGGCAAAGGACAAUUCGUACUGAAGGAUCUAGACGAGGAGAUGGACGAGAUUAUAGCGUCUGUGAAUGCGAAGAAGGAGAACUCCACCGCAGCUGGUGGGAUCGUGGGAUCGAGUCUUGGUGCGAUUGGAGGACUAUUUAGGAAUGUCGUAGGCGGCAAGACGCUCACGAAAGAAGACCUGGAGAAGCCAUUGAAGGGCAUGGAAGACCACCUUCUCAAGAAGAACGUCGCGCGGGAAGCAGCAGUGCGGCUUUGUGACAGUGUCGAGCGGGACUUGAUCGGUCUCAAGACGAAUAGCUUCACAACAAUCGAGUCCACCCUCCGCACCGCCAUGGAGCGCGCCCUAACCAAAAUCCUUACCCCAACCUCCUCCCUCGACCUCCUCCGCGAAAUUACCACCGUCACCGCCACAAACCGCCCCUACGUCCUCAGCAUCGUCGGCGUCAAUGGGGUGGGCAAAUCUACCAACCUCUCCAAAAUCGCCUUCUUCCUCCUCCAAAACCACCACCGCGUGCUCAUCGCCGCCGCUGAUACAUUCCGCUCCGGCGCCGUCGAACAACUCCGCGUACACGUCCGCAAUCUCAAGGAGCUAUCGAAGCGCGAGGGCGGCGAAGUCGACAUCUUCGAGAAGGGCUACGGCAAAGACGCCGCCAACAUCGCCGCAGACGCCGUAACCUUCGCUAAAGAGAACAAGUACGAUGUCGUACUGAUCGACACCGCCGGCCGGCGGCACAACGACGCGCGCCUCAUGUCCUCCCUCGAGAAAUUCGCGAAGCUAGCGAAGCCGGAUAAGAUACUCAUGGUUGGCGAGGCGCUCGUGGGGUCGGAUGCUGUCGCGCAAGCGCGGAAUUUCAACAACUCGUUCGGCGCAGGCAGGGGCUUGGACGGGUUCGUGAUUAGCAAGUGCGAUACCGUGGGGGAUAUGGUGGGCACGCUGGUCAGUAUGGUGCAUGCGACUGGGAUACCGGUUGUGUUUCUUGGGGUUGGGCAGCAUUAUGCGGAUCUGAGGGGGUUGAAUGUGGGGAGCGUGUGUCGGUUGUUGAUGAGUUGAGGUGGAUGCGAGGCGUACUAGGGGCUUUUCAAUGCCAUGAAUAGGAUGGCAUGGUUAAUGCAGUGCGAAUCAAGAUACCUUUUAGCCGAUGGGCGAUGUGCUAGUUGAGGCUUUCCUCGCAGUGGCGUCAAGCGUGUGAGCGGAGAAUACAAUGUUUGUGCUGACGUAGUAGGGAUCAGACUACCUUUUGGCCGGCCAGCUACCAGCUACCUAGGCUACCU